AUGUCGGUUUCUCUAACAAUCCCUACCUGGAAUCCUGGGAAGCUCUCAUUCCGACAAGGAGAACUUCAUGGUAUGGGUACAUACUACAAAGGUCUUCUAGGAGGGCACUGUUGGUGUGCAAUGAAUAGGACCAAAGUUUCGGAAGCUCACAGUACCACUGGCCUACGGGGUUCACCGAACGGUUCUGUGUGCCCUGUACAGGGGCUUCUUCUGGAAGGGAAACCUGGUACCGCUGGCGAUGGGGACUGCUUAUUGGCUCGCAGUUCCGACUUGUUCUUGGCAUUUAUUGCGCUAAGCCUUUCCUGGGGUGAGUUUGCGAGUGGCCCCAUAGGGCGACGACAGCGCUAG